AUGCUCUGGUAUUUAUUUUUUUUACGUAACCUCUGUCACUGACGCCAGGUAUUUAUAGCCAAGCAGGGUUAAGGAGAUGAAAGACCUUAAACGAGUAGCACUGGAUACUCUUGACUUUCCUGCCUCCAUUUCUUGGUGUGUUUUCUGUGUGGAAUUAAGCCGCCUGCCAUUUGAGCUCUGAGGACACUUUUCUGUACUUGUGUGGGGGAAGGAAUCCUAUUUUAUUUUUAUUUUUUUAUUAUUGUGGGUGAAGAUAAAUACUUUGACAAGAGGUGGAUGGUCAGUCAGGCAGCCAUGCGAGGCCAGCGUGUGGUGGAGAGCGCGUGUAGGUGCUGGAACCCGGCCAUCUGGCUCCUGGUGUCGCUGCUGGGAUCACUCGUCUUGGUGGCCGUCAGUGUGCUGCUGCGACUUGGAGACAUGAAAAUAAACAGACGGGCUGUAGAUGCCAAUGGUGUGCAAAGCCCCUCGAGGACGCAGCACCAAGUAAAACUGGUGAAUGGACGUCACAGGUGUGAAGGGAGAGUCGAGGUGUACUACAAUAUCUCAUGGGGCACAGUGUGUGACGACGACUGGGACAUGGUGGACGCCAACGUGGUGUGUCGGCAGCUGGACUGCGGAGUGGCUGUGGCAGUGCACAGCAGCUCUCAGUUUGGACAAGGCACCGGGUUAAUCCUGCUGGAUAAUGUGGACUGCAGAGGGAGUGAAACAGACCUCAGCAGCUGCCGUAGUCUGGACUGGGGCAUCCAUAAUUGUUACCACUAUGAGGACGUGGGUGUUACCUGCAAAGAACCAGCAGUGGUGGGGGAGAGAGGGUCUGAGGAUCGCACCACACUGCCCCACGAGAGCUCCGGUUUACGAGAUGGCACCAUCCGUCUGAUGAAUGGAAAGGAAGCCUGCCAGGGCCGGGUAGAGAUCUACUACCUGGGAAAGUGGGGGACGGUGUGUGAUGAUGACUGGGACCUUGACAAUGCCCAUGUGGUGUGCCAACAGAUGGGCUGCGGCAGCGCUGCCUAUGCACACACCAACUCUUACUUUGGCUAUGGAACUGGUCGGAUUCUCCUGGACAAUGUCAACUGCUACGGCACUGAACAUGACUUGACAAAAUGCAAGAGCCUGGGCUGGGGCAAACACAACUGUGGCCAUCAUGAGGAUGCUGGGGUCACCUGUACUGGAUCCACCACUGUACCUCCUGUGGUAACAGAAGGCCAGAGAAUGUUCUCUACAGUAUAUAACACUGAAGCAACAGAAAAGGUUCCAGUCACCAUGUCUCACACUACAACAACUGUUACCACAACUGUCCAGACAAAAGGCAAACCAGCCAUUCGUUUGAUGAAUCCUCUGAAUAACAACACCUGCGAGGGUCGUGUAGAGGUCCUCUACAAAAAUGUUUGGGGGACGGUGUGUGAUGAUGACUGGGACAUGCUCAAUGCCAAUGUGGUGUGCAGGCAGCUAGGCUGUGGCCCAGCUAUUGGGGCCAAGAGUCAGGCCUACUACGGCUACGGUCCGGGGCCGAUCCUUCUGGACAAUGUAGAAUGUAGCGGCAAUGAACCGGAGCUGUCUGAGUGCUUCCACCUGGGCUGGGGUCAGCACAACUGUGGCCAUCAUGAGGACGCUGGAGUUAAAUGUGCAUCUUUUGAAUACUACAUUGGAUAUGGACGAGACUUUAGAGUAACAGAAAGGAUACCUGCCACCACCACUACUGCCACCCCGCAACCCUCUGAAGGGGCAAUGAGGCUGGUUGGUGGCCAGCACCAGUGUGAAGGCCGGGUGGAGAUAUACUCAAAGUCUGCAUGGGGCACAGUCUGAGAUGAUGCCUGGGACCUCCCUGACGCUCAGGUCGUGUGUCGCCAGGUGGGCUGUGGAGAGGCCACGGCUGCUUGGGGAGAAGCUUUCUUCGGGCCCGGCACAGGAACAAUCCUGCUGGACAAUCUCAAGUGCAGCGGUGCGGAGGCUUCCCUGUUGGAGUGCUCCCAUAUAUCCUGGGAUGUGCACAACUGUGACCACUCUGAAGAUGCUGGCGUCACCUGCUCGCUGUCGUGAUUUCAGCAGAACCACACUCCCAUCUCCACCAUGGGUAGGAAGUGGGCUCACCAACCUGGGACUUGUAUACAUUAUGUAAAUAACAGCUGUCACCGUGCUGAAGGAAUACUCCACCACCAACAACAUACAAAAUAACUCAUAUGACAAUAUAUGAUUACAUACUAUAAACUAUCUAUGCCUAUUAAGCACUUUAUAAAUAAAUAUAUGAUAUAAAAUACAAUGUACACAGUUUUUUAUUUGAUAAACCAAGGAAGCUUUUAA